AAAAUAUUCACCAAAUGUAAAUACAUUAGUUAAAUUAUAGUAUAUUUUUUGCAUAUAUUUAUUUUUAGUGUAUUUUUUGAGUGUGGAACUAUAAUUUAUUGGACUUAGUAUUAUCUGAUUUCAUUUGUAUUUUUUUCCNGUUGUGUUUGUUUUUUAUUCCUCUGGGUGUAAUUGGCUUCAUAACAAGGAUUGUGGAAUCAAUUAUUUUAAGUUAAAAUGAUUGUUUUGGUGAAUUGGAGUUUGGAUGAAUGGUAUUGGUUUUCCAUUUACCAUGCAAUCACUUGGGAAUACUUUCUGAACUUCAACAUGUAUUCAUCUGUGUUUUUUGUUACAGCUGAAGCGGAUUAUGGACUCAGAUUCUGCUUUGACAGAGGAUCUGANUGCAUACAACAUCAUCNCCUUAGACACAUCUUCAACAAAUGCUAUUGUUUCUUUACCUGAGAAAGAUAAUGUAGCUAAUCAGCACGAACACAUAGUCCACCUGUUCGCAAAUGAGCAAUCUCGUCUUAGAAUUCCAGAUGAAGCUGAACCUAAAUUGGAUGAAGCUGCUGUACAGGCAGUAUUCCUCAAGGCCCUUCAGAAUUACAUUAGCUGGUGUAAUUAUUUAUGUAUUCAGCCUGUUUGGAGCAGUUUGGAGGCUCUCAGUAAAGAGAAGAAAAUAUUAUAUGUUUCUUUGUACUUCCUAAUAUGGGGUGAAGCUGCAAAUAUCAGGUUUCUAGCAGAAUGCUUGUGCUACAUAUUCCAUCAUGUAAGUUUGGUGAACAAGUUGAGUCAGCUUUUUUGUUGGUUCUUUAAAGAUUUUGCCUGAGUUAAAUUUUGUUGAAUAGGUAUUUUUUUAUGAACCUCUACCCAUGAUGUAAAAGUACUUACGUUUUUGAAUUGGUAGUUAGAAGAACUA